AUGUAUCUCCUCUUGCUGGCACGAUUUCUGAGUUUGGUGUCUUUGGUAAAAUGCUCUAACUGGUGCUACACAGGCUGCAAGGAAACCCCAUCCCAUUGGAAAGAUGUGUCUGGAUCCAGCUGUGGAGGACAACACCAGUCUCCCAUUGAUAUUGACACCAGCAGUGUUAAAACUGACUCGAUGCUGAAUAAUUUCACCUUCGUCAACUUCUCCUCUCAGCACGCCAUCAAGUGGAUCACAAACAACGGACAUUCAGUGCAAUGCACACUGAUGGACAAUGAAGUUGAAGUGAGUGGAGGGGGUCUAAAUGGAACAUACUCUGCAGUGCAGUUUCACUUUCACUGGGGUGAUAAAGAAUAUCAUCCAGGUUCAGAGCACACUGUUGAUGGCCACAGAUAUCAAAUGGAGAUGCACAUUGUCACUUUAAAGAAAGGUGUUGCUGCAGAGGAGGCCAAAACCCAGUCUGAGGGAUUUGCUGUUCUUGGAUUUUUCAUAAACGCAACAGAAGAUGGAGAUUUGUCAGGACCGUGGCACACGCUCACGUCGAACCUAAAAAACAUCUCGGAGAGUGGCGGUAAUGUUGCAGUGAACUUCAACUUCUCUAUCAAUGACUUGAUUAGAAACGUAGACCGGACAAAGUUCUAUCGCCACUACGGCUCACUAACAACCCCUGACUGUAAGGAAGCUGUUGUGUGGACACUCUUUCAUGAGCCAAUCCAAGUCCACAAAGAUCUGGUUUAUCUUUUCCCUAUGGCCACAAACCUCAUGAACAACUAUCGACCUGUAGAACCACUCAAUGGACGUCGGGUCACUGCCUCUCCUGAAACUCCUCUACCUCCCAAAUAUCACUGGUGCUAUGAUAGUCACUGUGAUUACAAUCCGUCUCUUUGGUACCUUCUGCCUGAUUCUCACUGCAACGGCAAAAAUCAGUCCCCCAUCAACAUUGACACUCAACAGGUCAUGAUGACUGAUGCUCUUGGUUCUUUCCAAUUUAAAAAUUUUGAUGACCAGUCCGCUAUCAAAUACAUCACCAACAACGGCCACACAGUGAAGUGUGUAUUACAAGACAACCUGGUGGAGGUGUCUGGAGGUGGUUUGAACUACGUCUACUCAACCCUUCAGUUCCACUUCCACUGGGGCACCGAAGCAUCCAACUCAUUGGGCUCGGAGCACACUGUGGAUUCACAAAGGUACCCAAUGGAGUUGCACAUAGUCGGCAAAAGGAAGGAUUUGACUUUGGAAGAGGCGUUACAGACUUCUGAUGGCAUGGCAGUGCUUUCAUUCUUUAUUGAGGCUUCACAGAUGAGUAAAAGCAGUGCCUGCAGUUCAGUAGAUUCGCAGCCCACCACGAGUUCAACGUCGGACAUGACACCCUGGAAAAAACUAACCAAUUACUUGUCAGCUAUCCAGAACAUUAGUACAAAAGUUGAAGUCACAGAUAAAAUCUCUAUCGAUGACUUGCUUGGCAGCGUGAACCGUGAUUCAUAUUACCGCUACAGUGGUUCCCUUACUACGCCUAUAUGCAAAGAAGCUGUGGUUUGGACAAUCUUUAAAGAGACGGUCAAGGUGGAUGAGAACCUGAUGAUAAUGUUCCCAAAAUUCACAAGCCUUGAAGACAUUUAUCGACCCAUACAAAGUGUUAAUGGCAGAAAAAUCUACUCCACAUCUGCAGCCGGGGCCCCAAGAUCCAUCUUACUUUAUCCUCUGUCGGCAUGUCUCUUUGCACUGGUCUGUAGUACUUGA